AUGUCACAACCAAAUCCCUACGAGCGAAUCCAGGUCGAUACCAGUGACGAUGACUCGAUCUUCGACACCAAAUCCCUCGUCGACUCCAGCCUCUCCUUCGCCUCCUCCGUCCGCGACUACUCCUACGAAAACGGCCGCCGCUACCAUGCCUACCGCCACGGCCAAUACCCCUUCCCCAACGACGAAGAAGAACAAGCCCGCCUCGCUCUAAUGCACCACCUCUUCAAACUCCUCUCCGGCGGCGACCUGUACCGUGCCCCCUUCACCCGAAACAACAACAACACCAGCACCCCUCCCUCCCGCAUCCUCGACAUCGGCACCGGCACCGCCGAAUGGGCCAUCGAAAUGGCCGAAGACUUCCCCACAAGCACCAUCUUCGGCACAGACCUCUCCCCGAUCCAGCCCACCUGGGCCCCUCCCAACUGCCGCUUCUUCAUCGACGACGCCGAGUCCGACUGGACAUUCUCUUCGGCCGAAGCAUUCGAUUACAUUCACGCGCGGAGCUUGGGCGGCGGGAUCGCCGAUUGGCCGCGGCUGCUGCGGCAGGCGUAUACACACCUCAAGCCGGGGGCCUGGUUUGAGGCGCAGGAGUUUGAGGCCUUGGUGUAUAGUGAUGAUGGGACGCAUGAACGCGCGACGAGGGUUGUGGAUUGGCAGGAUCGGCUGAAUCGCGCGAGUGAACAGUUUGGGAAGCCGAUGAAUGUGGCGCCGCGGUUGGCGGGAUGGUUGGGCGAUGCUGGGUUUGUGAAUGUUACGGAUGAUAUUUAUAAGUGCCCCGUCGGCGGCUGGGCCAAAAACCGCCGUCUCAAAGAAAUCGGGCGCGUCGGCAAACUGACCAUCCUCGAAGUCGUCGAGCCUUACACACUAGCCCUCUUCACCCGCGUCCUGGGCUUCUCCUACCAAGAUGCCCAGGAGUACAUGGAUAAAGUGCGCGAGGAGCUGGUGAGCAACAAGUUCCACCUCUACGUGCUAUUCCAUUUCGUGUAUGGGCAAAAACCGGUCGAUACGAAUGGUCAUGGGCCGACGCAAGGAAACCACCAAUCUGACCUAGGGCGGGUUGAAUUGUCGGGGCUGUGGCUGUGA